UUGCCCACCUCCUUGUUUGUUCUGCCUACUAUGAUUAAUUUGCUCCCAUUGGAAACGACAGGUUGUGGUCUAUCUUGAGUUACUUAUACAACUAUCUUUGGUUGCACGCUCGCUCCUUAGGGCGUCAUGAACAUCAUGGGAAACUUCUCUGACUGUGCAUGUAUGAUUUUGUGUGUAUUGUUAUAAACGAUAACGCAUAUCGCUUACUUUACGUUGACUAACUAGCUAUUCCUCUUAAUAUGUGCACAUGAAAGUCGAGGAAGACGUGUUGAUGCUUGCUUCCUGCCAGCGUGUGUUACGUUGCUAGCUAGCGUUAGCUAUUUUAGUAUAUACAGGAAGAAGCUAGCUAUCUACCUGGCAUGGAAUCCAUUGAACGCACGCGUGGCUGUCAAACUUCCUCGAAAAUCGAAGAGGACUUGGUCAAAGAUGAUUUUACACCCUCGAAGCUCGGAACGAAAGAAUACUGGGAUGAUGCGUACCAGAGGGAAUUGCAGACAUUUAAAGACAUUGGAGACGUCGGUGAGAUAUGGUUUGGAGAAGAGAGUAUGGACCGUGUACUGCGGUGGAUGGAAAAAGAGGGAAUCCCAGAAGAUGCUGCUGUACUUGAUAUUGGCACAGGGAAUGGUGUCCUUUUAGUAGAACUGGCCAAAAGUGGAUACACACAUCUCACAGGAAUAGAUUAUUCUGCAGCUUCUGUUGAACUUGCAAGAAGUGUACUGCAGACAGAAGACUGUUCUAAUGUGGAAGUCAAGGAGGUGGACUUCUUGAGCUGCUCUGGAGAGUUGAGCGGCUUUGAUGUAUGCAUCGACAAGGGCACAUUUGACGCCAUAAGCCUGAACCCAGAGAACACUGAGGAGGGCAAAGCAUGUUACAUCCAAGCCCUGAAAGGGGCACUGAAGGAGGAUGGGCUAUUCGUCAUCACUUCCUGCAACUGGACUAAGGAACAGCUACUACAGAUGUUCAGCCAAGGGUUUGAUUUUGUGAAAGAGCUACCAACACCCCGCUUUCAGUUUGGUGGCAAGACUGGCAACAGUGUGACCGCAAUAAUCUUCAAACGACUUCACUGACUUUUGCCCUCAAGAAAAACAGCAUUCUGAAAUGUUGUUUUUAUGGACUUUUUCCACAAUCAUUUAUUUCUCAAUUGAAAAGUUUCAUUUUUGUGGAAUGUUUUGAGAAAGGAUCACACCAACAAUCAGUAUUCCACCAAAUAAAUAAAUGUUAUUUGUCUUGCACGUUGA